AUGAGUGAAAGUUACUCUCCGGAUCCUGGAGUUCAGCCUGUGUCCGGCUCUCUACUUUCAACUGUUUUCCUUUCAGAAAGAGAUCUGGGUUUGAGAAUCCCUAUAAAUUAUGUCACAUCCCCGGGAGUUUCUUUACAGGCUGCUUGCUUUCCUCGGCUAAGGUAUGAGGAUGACAGCUCUGGAGACUGUCUUUCGAAUCUACUUGCCGUUGGCUUCCGAAGGUUUGAACUCGAUUUGUACUGGGAUUCGGGGAGAAAUGUCUGGUCAUUCUGUCCUGUUGCCAUACCGGAUUCUAUACCAAACGCUACUGCUCAUUCAAAAGAUGCAUUGAGUGCAACUUUAACAUCUACAUCGCUCGCAGCCGCUUCUUCUAGGUCCAUGCUAGAGGCAAGACAAGCUACAGGCUCUGAAUUUUCCUCUACGUCUGAGACAUCGGGUUCGUCAAGUGUACUUAUAGGAUCCGAACUACCUAGGAUCUCUGGGACCGUUUCAAAUGCAUCUCCAACCUCCCUUGGGAAUGCUUCUCCUACCGUUGUUGUUCUCCCGGAUAGCUCCAAUAAUCCAUUGAUAUCUAUCGGGCCUUACGUCUGUACAACGACUAUCAAUCUGUCUACCUUUACGAGUCAGAUUCUGAGCUUUAUUGAGCAAACUGAGAACACCUUGGACGCUACCCUUCUUUAUGUAACUUUAAAUAUACACGCCGCUGCUUCCGACAAAUCUCCGCUCUCGAGUCCUUCGGCCCCAACAGACCUCCCAGGAGCUUCGAAUACCCUUAGUAGUCUUUUCUAUGGAAACCUCUCUAACUACGUCUACACGCCAAACAAUCUCGCUUCUGAUCGAGCAAACCUGAAUAAUUCAUGGUACACUGUCCAGACGAUGUAUAGACCCAUAGAAGACUACUACACUGUUAGAAAAAACCAAUACGGUAUUGACACAACUGAGGAUGGUUGGCCGGCAACGAGCUAUGUUGAGUUCUCGAAAAGCAAACGACUAUUGUUGGGAUGGGGGCGAGUGGACCCACAAAUGGAUGGAUACGACUUCAAUGCAGACGCAGGAACCAUUUUUCCCAAUGGCUACAUACAGGACAUUCAAACAGACGUGGUAGCAGAUAUCUCAGGGGAUUUAACCAGCGGUUGCUUCAUGCAAGACAACACUGACGAACUGAGCAAAAUCAAUUCAUCCUGGGCCAUCGACACAUUCAACUACCCAACCACACUAUCAGCAAACAUAACUUCUCUCCUUAACCUCACUACCAACUCUGUAAAAUGCGGCAUCUCCCCCUUCCUAAACGUAACCCUCCUAAAUGCCACAGCCCACGAUAAUCCCAUCCCCUACCAAAACUUCACCUACAGCACGAUCUGGUCCUGGGCCGCUAACGAACCACGAAAUUACACCUCCUCCGACGCAAGCACCGAAUCCCUCUUCCGCUGUGCAACCGCCAAAAUCGACCUCGCAGGCCGCUGGAUCGCAGCCGACUGUUCGCAAAAAUACUACGCCGCAUGUCGUGCAAGCGGCCAGCCUUACAAUUGGACUAUAACCACUUACUCGACCUCGUAUUCCUUCGCCGUAGACGCCUGCCCAGAUGGUUACCAGUUCUCAGCGCCGAGAACGGCGCUGGAGAAUAGUUAUCUGAGCAAGGCGUUGAGGGAUAAUCACAGGGAUUACGAUGGCCAUGGUGCUUGGGUUGACUUUAAUAGUUUGGAUUAUAAGAGUUGUUGGGUUGAGGGUGGGCCGAAUGCUACUUGUCCUUAUAGUGAUAGUUUGCGUCAGCAGGAUGAUUUGCACGAGAGGAUUAUUUUGGUUCCUGCCAUAGCAGCUACGAUUGCUUUGAUCGUCACGGCUCUCACCAUCUUCGUCAAAGUAGUAGGGGGUAGCAGAGGGAGGAGGCGGUCGAGGCGGAGGGGUGGUAAUGGGUUUGUGUACGAAGGCGUGCCUUCCUGA